AUGCUCCCCAUGGUCAUGCCCAUGUGUGUUGUCAACCCUAUUCAGUUCGCAUGUGUCAAUGCUCGUGCUUGCACUCGUCUCGCUGCGUUUGGUGAUCCGGCUUCUGCUGCUGCUCCAGCUGCUGCCCUGGCUGCUGCUGCUGCUGCUGCUGCUGCUGCUGCUGCUGCUGCUGCUGCUGCUGCUGCUGCUGCUGCUGCUGCUGCUGCUGCUGCUGCUGCUGCUGCUGCUGCUGCUGCUGCUGCUGCUGCUACUGCUGCUGCGGCCCCUGUGGCUGUCCCUGCUGCUCCUGCUGAUCAAACAUAA